AUGCCGAAAUGCCGAAAUGCGGAAAGUACCGGAUGGAAAAGCAAAGAUCCAGACCUUGAAAAUCCAGCCACGGAAAACGUCGACGUUGCAGCACUUAACAAGUUAGAAGAAGAACACUGGGCACAAGUAGAUGAAUUUGACUUAGAAGGCAUGGUUAAGGCUGCAAUUGACAAGCCUGGAAAUUGA